GAUGACAGUUCGCCGACAGCUCACGAGCAAAAGGAUUAACAGAAAAGUCCUCCAAUCCUGAUGAAGACCUCAAAAUCCUGAUCCUCCAAUUGGUGGAGCCAAUGUGAUAUGCGUGAAGGGAAUGCGCAGAGUUCUCUGUGUUGAAGAUGUUGAGCAAGUGUCUGGAGGGCUGAUCUACGAUGGAUUCAAGGGCUGACAGCUGGGAUUUUUACGGUCUGGUGACAGAUCUGUGCCGUGGCGUCCUGAAAGAUGGUCCAUUCGACAAUUAUGCUAAUAAACGAGAGAAGAUCAUCAAGAAGAUGAGGACGAGAGCCUUCGAGGUGCUCCUGAGGAAUCCGACCGGUACAGGUGAUGAUAAUAAUAAUCAACAAAAGGACGUUCGGGAUCCCCUGGCUGAGCUCCUGAAACAUUCAUUUGUCCUCCGGUGCAGCUUUGGACAUGCCUCGAGGGCUGCUAAGCUCGAUGAAGCUCUUGAAGAGCUCCAGGAGUCAGAGGAGCUCGAUGGCCCACUCGAUAGAGUAUUACAAUUUCUUUACUGGAUGAAGGCCUAUGAAAUUCCUGAGACGAAUGACUUGAACAUCUUUCACUUCGGGGAGCAGAAUCCCGUCCUGCCAGAGCCGCGAGUCUCCAAAAGAAUUCCAGAAUACCAAACGUACCCUUCCUCGGCGUUUCACCUGCCGUACAACAUCACCACUCCCUCGAACUCUCUCCUGAGGUUCUCAGAUCUUCCGAUGGACCCUCCCUUCAGCUUACCCCCAGGUCAUCUGGAACUUUCGCGGCUCUCCGAGUUCAUCCCGUCGACCCCGAUGCUCAUGUCCAGCUGUUACCUGGUCCAAGAGGACCCAUCCGACCCUCCCUUCUGGGACCACAUGUCUCCAACCCCCUCCUCACCCAUUCCCUCUCACCCCCCAGUCACCCAAUCCAUCCUCAACAUUCCCUGGACAUCUCCCUCGCCCCUGGAGCCCACUAGAGUCCGAACCUGGGAGUCCUUGGGAAAUCCCUCACCUCCCAAUCCUUCCACCUUCAUCCUGGAGUCCGAAACUGCUCUCUACCACCUCCAGAAUUUCCGCCACUGGUCCUUCUACCCAGAAAACUCCGCUGACUCCCCCAAAACCCCAGACAUCAACCUGUCAACACGACAAUUCCUGGAGAAUGUUAAACUAGUACUCCUGGGGAUCGAGUCCGACGUCUUCAUCUGGAACACCAAACUCGGUUUCAUAUUCAAAUCCAACACGACCGUUCCUCUCCUCAGCAACGAAUCCCUGAAGGAUAUCUGUUUCGAAAUCACUCAUUGGGCGACGUGCUUCAAGCUCCUGAGCCUCCUGAUUCGCCCUGGACCUGACUCUAAUGGAAAACUCAGGGAGGAUGGCCUCAUCUUUAAGGCAAUGUGCACAAACAUCGAUGAGAUUUUAAUUCAUUACCAGGCAGUGAUACUCCAGGUAUUUGGUGAGGAUUUUCCCCAGCUGCUGACACUUCUCCACCAACUGGGACCCAUUGGCUGCCUCAUCUCCGAAGUGGCGAGACUCUGCAGGUGUGACAACGUCAGGAGAACGAUUAUCGGGGAGGGGAUUGGUCUUCUCUCUCACAUCUACAAGGAAGUUACGAGAAUAACAAAACCAAAUAUUGCACUCGUAUAUUACUCGGUUCUCAAGUCCUGCUGUGAAGUGUAUUUCGAGUACCUGGAGAAAUGGAUAUUCGAGGGGAGGUGCGACGAGACUCAUGGAGAAUUCAUGAUCAACAUCAGGAUUCAGUACCUGAGGACUCGAGGGCAUAAAUUCUGGUCCAAGUGUUAUGGGAUUAACAAGGAGUCGGUGCCAGGAUUUUUGAAGGAUCUCACAGACUCGAUUCUACAAUGUGGAAAGGCCGUGAGAUUACUGAAGAUCUGUGACCCUAAGAAUCCCAUGUGCAAUCUCUUCUUCAGCGCUCAUCCCCUGGUGAAGGUCUGCUUGAACGUGAAUAUGUUAUCUGAGCAGGAGGAAAUCUGCCAGGAGUACAUGUCGAGGGGAAUCGAGCUGCUGGGGAAUGUCACCUUGAGUUCAGCUCUGCAACAGAUGAGAGUGCGGGAGAAGUGCAAGGCUGAUGUGGUGAUGGCAGCGCAGGCUGGUGCUCUUCAGAGGAUUAAGAAGAGCCAGGAGGAGGCUAGACUGCUAGUGGCUAAAAAUAAGAGAGAAUUACUGGCGAACCUGAAGAAUCAGGCUGAAGAAGCGGUAUCGAGAAGGGAGAGAGCCAGAGAGGCGAAGAUACUUGAAGAGAAGCUCGAGAUGGAGAAGCACGCAGCUGAGGAGGAGGAGGAGAAGAAGGUGCUCAUGGCGGAGGCUAAGGUCACUGCUGAUUAUUAUAAGGAACUUGCUGAGGAGGCCAGGAGGCGGAAGCUCAGAGCAGUCUGGAGGGGCAAGAGGAUGGCGUUGUUCGAGGAGAGGGUGGAGAUGAUUAUUGCAGCAAGGCAUGAGGAAUCUCAAGAUGAUGGAACAGCCGAUGAAGGAAAUCAGGACGACAACAACGAGUUGCCAAGUCUUCCAGCGGCCAGUGACAGGAUAGAUGAGAAAGAUGAGAACAGCAAUGAUUCCACAAGUGAUUCGGCCAGUCAGAAGACUAUUUUGAGUGGUCAGGACAGCUCUACCAGAACUCCAAGACCCAGGGAUCUAUCUCUGAAGGAAAAAACAUCCAGUAACGAUUCCAAAUCUACAGAGAUGACUCUGGAGUCGAUGACCACUGAAGCUAUCCUGGUUGAGAUCUCACAGAGCAAUCGUCUGUUCAAGGAAAGGAGAACUGUAAUCAUCUCUGGGGACGAUUCAGUUAACACCGCGGAAGAGUCUCGUGAGGAUGGUGUAGUUCUGGAUAAAGAGGGAAAUGAAAGAACAGGUGGAACGACUAGAGUAAACUUGAACAUCAAUCUUGGAAUUAAAGAGGAUGAUCCAGUAGAUAAAAUUGAUACUCUCGUUGGUGAUGAGAGCAGAAAGGAAGUGGUUGAUAAUCAGUUAGUGAUGUCUCAGGUAGGGAUUAAUGACGUCAAUGAUGUCACUCCAAUGUCCUGCACCACUGACAGCUACCACCAGUCAGUGAGUUCAUCGUUAUUCUACAAUUGUCUGGAGGUUGGAUCUCUGGCAGGGUCGAAGAAUGAUUUGGAGACUCCAUUGAGCCCUGAGGAGCAUCUACCCAAGUCUGAUAAGCAGAAUCUCCCGGAGAGUCAGUCGUUCUUCAGUGGAUUUGGCUUGGACAAUGGACCUGUCAAUUUCGAAUCCUCUUUAACGAUGGCCGACGUUGAGUUAAUUGACAACACUUCGUUGCAGAUCUAUCUGGAGAAGUCUGUGAUGAUUCCUCUGAUGGUUCAGAGUAAACUAGCUAAUUCUGCUGUUAUCAAGUAUCUGCUCGAGGAGCACAAAAUCCUGUCACAUUUUCAGAGCUUGAGGAGCUUCUUCUUUCUGCUGAAUGGAGAGUUUGCUAGGAAUCUCACUGGGUCUGUCUUCAGGAAAUUCUACGAGAUCAGUGUGCCAGUUGAAUUGUUCAAUUCUGCAACUCUCACGAAUUUAUUGGAGAACGCUCUGCACAGCUCUUUAAACUAUUCGUAUGAGAAUGCUGAGUUGCUAAGUCUCUCGGCUAUUGAUACCCCCAGUCUUCUGACUGUUUCUGAUCCAGAGGCACUCGACUGCUUGUGUCUACAUUACAAAGUGUCCUGGCCCCUCAACGUAAUUAUCGAUGAGGUCCUGAUGCAGCAGUACAGCAAGGUAUUCAAGUUCCUGAUGAUGGUGGGAAGAGUCCUCUGGGUUCUCCAGGAGGAUUUUUGCAUCCUGAAAGUGGAGAGAGAGGCAGCCCUGUCCCCCCAGUACCACAGACUUCAGCUAUUUCGACAUGCCAUGAUGCAGUUCAUGAUUGCAUUCAGCAAUUAUCUCACUUGCAGUGUUCUACACGCCAGCUGGACUGAAUUCGAAAAGGAGCUGGAGAGUGCUACGAGUCUCGAUGAGAUCUACACGACUCAUGUGAGUUACAUCAAGAAGAUCCUCUCGAGGUGCAUGCUCACUUCAAAAGCUGAGAAACUUCGUCAGUGCCUCUGUAAUAUCUUCAAAAUCAUCCUCAAGUUUCACAAUUGCCUGAGGUCUCAUGAGUGGCACAAGGGAGCAAAUGGUUAUACCAUAUCGAAUUACAACAAGUUGGAGCAGAUGUACGAGGCCUUCUGCGACCUGAGGACUUAUCCUGCUCAUGUCGUCGAGAAAUUGGCUAGCAGUGGCUACCAGAGCCACUUGACACAUUUCUUAGACUCAUUGAAUAUAAAUCCACUGUACAAUUUAUCAACGAAAGGAGUUUAAAUAAUUUUUAUCAUUGCAUUUUUGUCAUUGUCAGAGAAUCUCACAUCGAAUAUAAUUACAUAAUUAUCGGAA